AUGAAAUCAAAAUUGAUUUGUGUGUGGUGGAGUGGAAGCAUCUCUUUUGGUGCUCAGUACCAAUCCAGCUCCUCCCUCCUCUCUCUUUUUCUUCAGCAAAGCUUCUUUUCUUGGCCUCCGCCACCGCUUAUUCUCUUCACACUCAACACAUCUCUCGUUCCUUAUUAUCUUCAACAUGACGGACAGAGUCCAUCCAUCUUCCAAACCCGCCGCCGCUGGCGGUAAUGGCGCCUCCUCCAACUCCAAUCCCGGCCCUGUCAAGUCUCAACUUUACAACCCCACCCGCCCAAUGUACCGGCCUCCCCAGUACAACCGUCGCCGACGCUCCAGCCGUAGCAUCUGCUGCUGCUGCUGUUUCUGGAGCGUCAUCGGUGUUCUGGCUCUUAUUCUGCUGGCUGCCAUUGUUGGUGGUGUGCUCUACGUUCUCUACCGUCCCCACCGACCCCAGUUCUCCAUCACCAACCUUCGCAUUGCCAAGAUGAAGCUCGCUACAUCCGCUGAUUCCUCCUCUCACCUCACCACUCUUCUCAAUCUCACCCUUAUUGCCAAUAACCCGAACAACCACCUGGUUUUCUUCUACGAACCGUUCACCGUCACCGCAUUCUAUAACUCCGUGCCGAUCGGGAAUGGAUCCAUCCCGGCCUUCACGUCGGACAAGAACAACCAGAGCAGCCUGCGAGCGGUGCUGUCGGACUCUCGAGAUCUGGAUACGGAUUCGUUGACUUCGCUGAGAUCGGGUCUUAAGAUGGCCAGUGGGUUCCCGGUGGUGAUUCAGAUGGACACCAAGGUGGAGAUGAAGAUGGAGUGGCUGAAGAGCAAGAGGGUGGGAAUCAGAGUGACAUGUGACGGAAUCAAUGGGAAGGUGCCUGCCAGGAAGACUCCGUCAGUGGCGUCGGUGACGGACUCCGAGUGUAAGGUGGACCUCCGAAUCAAGAUCUGGAAGUUUUCGUUUUGAUCACGCGGUCAUGAUCACCGGUGACUGGUUGAUGAUCAUUGAUCAAUUAAUCCUUUUGGCUUGGUUUAAAUUUUUUCCAUUUGACAUUAUUUUCCAAACAAAGUCUCGUUUCAACCUCGGAAGAGUUGAAAUUUGAUUUACAAGAAAAAGGAAAAAAAAGAAGAAGACCAGAAGUGUAUAAAUUUCAGGUUGUUUGAGGUUUAGAGCAAGAAGGCUCUAAAUUAAGAUUUCUUUUUGUUGUCUGUAAUUUUUUUUUCUUUUGGGUAUACUUGUUUUUUGUGGAUGUUCAAGUGAUGGAUUUUAAGUUUCAGAAGUAAUGGAAUAUUCUAUAUUAGACGUGGAGGAUGAUUGAAGAGAGUAAAA